CCAGUGGUGGAGCUGGACGGCUGUGUGUGUGGUGAUUUCUUCACAGUGCUGUGUGUCAGCCAAGCCUUCUCAGACGACCAAUGGAUGAACCUCUACAGUUUCUCUCUGCUACGCCAUUGGCUGAUCACAUACCACAAUGUAACGGAUGGCAACAACAGCACAGACGCAGAUGACAGGUCGGAGGUGGACGGCUCAUUGGUUUCCAUGGUAUCAGCCACGUCGUCCUCCAGCAGACUCCUUCCGCCUAAAGAACGUCUGAGAGAGAAGAGUUUCCAGUACUGCCAACGCCUCAUAGAACAGAGUGACCGCAAGGCGCUGAAGAGAACAGACACAGAGCUACAGAAAGCAUGCUUGGUGGAGGCCGUGCGUAUCCUGGACGGUGUGUGUGUGGAGGACGCAGGGUGUGUGUAUCGUGCGUUCCCGUGUGUUAAGUCACUGUUCGGCCGUCUGAACUCUGACCUGUCCUGCAGCAGAGUCCUCCUGCCCAUCGCUCAGUUCUACCUGAACCACGGGGAGACUGCAGCGGUGGACAGUGAGUGUGUGUGGAGGUGUGUGUUUGGUGUUCUCCCAGCAGAGUGUUUCAACGACCCCUAUCUGGCCCACGAGACGCUGUCCUUCAUCAGAGCCAAUCAGCUGCAGCUCCACUCCUCUGUACCACUGUACACACACUACUUCCCUAGCCUGCUCAAGCUGGGACUGCAGUUGAGCUGCUGCACUCUCUACUGGACUUGCCCUGUCUCACUGCUGCUCUCACCCUGCAGCUCAGGUCUGCAUGCUUCCCUGUGUCUGAGCCAGGGGGGCGUGGUCUGUCAUCGCUGGAAGCUUUCCGAAGCCCCGCCCAUAGAGGCCUCUUCCUGUUCCUGUUGAGAGGGGAGGCAGGGUCUGGUGAUACCAUGGACAGACUGAGUGUGCUCCAUGACCUGCUGAUGGAGGCAGCUGAUUGGUCCAGAGUCAUCCAAUCAGCUCAAAGUGU